CCACACUCCUACCUGCUGUCAUAGGCCACAGCCACCAUGCCUCGGGGUCAGAAGAGUAAGCUCCGUGCCCGUGAGAAACGCCGAGAGACCCAUGGUCAGCCACAAGGUCUCACAGGUCCCCAGGUCACUGGAGAGAAGCAAGAAGAGUCUCGCUCUUCCUCAUCCUCUUCUGCUGUUUGUCGGAGUGCUCGUCGUAGGUCUUCUGAUUCCUCCGUUCCUCAGGAGUCUCAGGGAGCUUCACCCACUGGCUCUCCUGAUGCAGGUGUUUCAUGCUCAAAAUCUGAUGUGGCUGCCAAGGGUCAAGAUGAGAAAAGUCCAAGUACCUCCCGGGAUGCCUCCGUUUCUCAGGAGUCUCAGGGAGCUUCACCCACUGACUCUCCUGAUGCAGGUAUUUCAUGCUCAAAAUCUGAUGUGGCUGCCAAGGGCCAAGAUGAGAAAAUUCCAAGCACCUCCCCUGAUACCUCCCUUCCUCAGGAGUCUCAGGGAGCUUCACCCACUGGCUUUCCUGAUGCAGGUGUUUCAGGCUCAAAAUCUGAUGUGGCUGCCAUGGGUCAAGAAGGGGAAAGUAUAAGCCCCUCCGAGAGAACUGUGUUCCUUACAACCGCAGACCGAGAUCCUCUAAACAGGAAAGCGAGCAAGAUGGUGCAAUUCCUGCAGAAGAAGUUUGAGAAGAAAGAGUCCAUUUUGAAGGCAGACAUGCUGAGGCGUGUCCGCAGACAGUACAAGCCUUGCUUCCCUGAGAUCCUCAAGAGAACCUCCGAACGUUUGGCGGUGGCCUUUGGCGUUGAAUUGAAAGAAAUGGAUUCCAGCGGCGAGUCCUAUACCCUUGUGAGCAAGCUGGGCCUCUCCAGUGAAGGAAGUCUGAGUGGUGAUAAUGCGCUGCCGAAGUCGGGUCUCCUGAUGUCGCUCCUGAGUUUGAUCUUCAUGAAAGGCAACCGUGCCACUGAAGAGGAGGUCUGGGAGUUCCUGGGUGUGUUGGGUAUAUAUGAUGGGAUCCUGCACUCAAUCUAUGGGGAUACCCGGAAGAUCAUUACUGAAGAUUUGGUGCAAGAUAAGUACGUGGUUUACCGGCAGGUGCGCAACAGUGAUCCUCCACGCUAUGUGUUCCUGUGGGGUCCACGAGCCCAUGCUGAAACCACCAAGAUGAAAGUCCUGCGUGUUUUGGCUGAGAUCAAUAACACCAGUCCCGGUUUAUACCCACAUCUGUAUGAAGACGCUUUGAUAGAUGAGGUAGAGAGAGCAUUGAGAUUGAGAGCUUAAAGCAGAACUGGCACUAUUCCCUUGGCCAGGGCACCUUAUGGGGCCACAUCCUACAGAUCCUCCCAUUCUGAAGUAGAAAUUUUGCUUUAUGUUAGAAGAGAGUAGUGAGCUUUCUACGUAGUGCAGUAUAGUAGAGGCUGGAGGGAACA